AUGCUAUCUCGCCUCCAUGCCCUAGUAGUGGGACCGGGAUUGGGUCGUGACGGGGUUACGCUGAAAGUGGUGACGGAGGUCUUGAAGGAGGCGCGGUCCCGCUCAAUACCGUUUGUCUUAGAUGCCGAUGGACUACUACUUGUCACCGAGCAACCAGAUCUUGUUAAAGGAUACAAGGAUUGUAUCUUGACGCCUAAUGUUAACGAGUUCAGCCGUUUAGCCAAAGCGUUGAAUAUCGAGGUUCCCAGCAUAGCCCAGAUUGAGUCUGAUGGCGGUGACAAGACGAGCCGAGAAACCGAAGCCUGUGAGAAACUGUCGCAAGCUCUUGGUGGCGUGACGAUAAUCCAAAAGGGACCUCACGAUGUGAUCUCAAACGGUGUAACGAGCCUCGUCAACGAUAUCGUCGGAGGAUUGAAGCGCAGUGGAGGCCAGGGAGAUACGCUCACGGGAUCGUUGGGCACGCUGCUGGCGUGGCGAGCGGCUUAUCACAACGGACUUUGGGAUUCCGGUGAGAAGGAUAACCAAAAGGAGGCGCAGAGUAAGCAAGAUAUUCAGGCGGAGCUUGAGUCAUCAGACAAGAGAAUGUCCCCAGCAACAACCUUGCUGCUUGCUGCCUGGGCAGGCAGUGGGAUUACGAGAGAGUGUUCUCGCCGCGCCUUUGAGGCGAAGGGCAGGAGCAUGCAGGCCAGUGACCUCACUGAUGAGGUCCACGAGAGUUUUUUGGAGUUGAUCGGUGAGCCGGAACAAUCGAAGAUGCGUCUGUAG